ACACUCCCUCACCGAGUCCACAGGAGGCAGAGCACACUCAAAGAGAGGAGGAAAACAGAGGAAACGUCACGCAUUCAGCCCGAGCAGAGGAGAAAAUUAAAGUUGAUUGUCAUUUUAGCAGCAUGGCUCUGCGGGACGAGCUCCUCAAAUCCAUUUGGCACGCCUUCACGGCGCUGGAUCUGGACCAGAGCGGGAAAGUCUCCAAAUCUCAGCUGAAGGUGCUGUCUCACAACCUGUGCACCGUCCUGAGGAUCCCACACGACCCCGUGGCUCUGGAGGAGCACUUCAAAGAUGACGAUGAAGGUCCCGUCUCCAAUCAGGGAUACAUGCCGUACCUCAACAGGUUCAUCCUGGACAAGGCUACCGAUAACUUUGACCGCCAUGACUUCCAUAAAAUGUGCUGGACGUUGUGCUCGAGGAAGAACUUGGACCAAAGUCAGAUUCUCAUCUCCAACGAUGAUGCAUUCAAGAUCUGGUGCAUCUUCAACUUUCUGUCUGAGGACAGAUACCCGCUGAUCAUGGUCACAGAGGAAAUCGAGUACUUCCUGCGCAAGCUGACGGAGGCGAUGGGGGGCAGCUGGGUGGAGGAGCGUUUCGAGGACUACAAGCUCCAGCUGAACUCCAAGCAGCAGAGUCUGAGUGUGUGGCAGCUCAUCGGUCUGGUGGGCUCGGGGCACUUCAGUAAGGGCAUCGACCGGCAGACGCUCUCCAUGGGCAUCACCGAGGUCUACCAGGAGCUGAUCCUGGAUGUGCUCAAGCAGGGUUAUAUGAUGAAAAAGGGUCACAGGAGGAAGAACUGGACGGAGCGCUGGUUUGUGCUGAAGCCCGGCUCCAUCUCCUACUAUGUUGGAGAAGACUUGGCAGAAAAGAAAGGGGACAUUCUGUUGGAUGGAGGCUGCUCAGUGGAGCCUUUACAAGACAAAGAGGGAAAGAAGUGCCUCUUCCUCAUAAAGUCAUCUCAGAAGAGCUUUGAAAUCAGUGCAUCCGAUAAGAAGAAGAAGCAGGAGUGGAUCCAGGCCAUUCAGACGUGCGUGAGCCUGCUGCGCGAGGGCCGGCCGGCACUGCACCGUGAGACCCGACAGAAGCGCCGCGAGCUGCGACUCAAGCAUCAGGCCGAGCAGGAGGAGCUGGAGCGGAGGAUGAAGGAGCUGCAGACUGCCAACGAGGCCAAGCAGCUGGAGCUGGAGAACAUGAGGAAGGCCCUGGAGGAGGCAGCUGCCAAUGCGACAGAGGAGGAAAAACGGCGCCUGGAGACCCAAACGGAGCUGCAGAACCGCUACCAAAUGGAACUGGAGAGAGAAAAGAUGGUACGACAGGAGAUGGAGGAGCAGAUGGCCCAGAAGUCGACGGAGCUGGAGCAGUACCUGCAGAGGGUCCGUGAGCUGGAGGACAUGUACAACCAGCUGGAGGCGGCUUUGGAGAAUGAGAGGCGCGCCCGGCAGGAUGAGGAAACUGUCCGGAAGCUGCAGGCACGGCUGCUUGAGGAAGAGGCCAUGAAGAGGGCGGAGCUAGAGCAGAUCCACCUGCGGCAGCAGCAUGCCAUCUCUGAAACACAGGCCGAGAAAGAGGAACUGGAAAAAGAGCGUUUGGCCAAGGAGAGCGCCCUGCAGGCCGCCAUGCAGCAGCUGGAGCAGCUGGAGCAGGAGAGGCAGGGAGCGCUGGAGAAAUAUCAGACGGUGGUAAAGAAGCUGGAAGAUGCAACGAACAACACCCGGACCUGGAAGCACAAAGUGGCUGAACAUGAAGGCUUGCUGCGGCUCAUUCAACCAGGAGGGAAGGGGCAGCAGAAAAUGACAAACUGGGGUCCAGCAGCUUUCUCUGACCUGGAACUGAAUCUGAGGGAGAAGAAGUGGCAGGAGAGGAAGAACCAGGAGGCGCAGGCCCAGUAGAGCUGCUGCACGGAGACCGGCAGGAGUCUGAGGAAACCUGCCGACAGGUCUCCUCCUGUUUGAGUGGAAUCCAAAUACGAGUUACCAGGCUGAUGAAGCAAUUUACAUUUGUGGGCAUUAACAAGUCAGUUAUUAUUAUUAUUUCCUUUGUGAAUGUUUAGUGUUCUCCACUCAGAAUCAGCUCUUAACUAAAAUAAUGUCUUUGUUGUAAGUUUAUAAAGCCUAAAAAGAUCUGGAUAACCCCAUUUUAUUUAACCCUUUAACAUACUGUAAUUCUUUUUAUUAUUAACAUGAUCAAUGUAAUUCUGGUAGAUUCUGAAGGAGAAAAGCGUGGUGAGCCGCUGUUCUCCUUCAGAAUCUGCUGGAAUUACUUUGAUCGUGUUAAUUAAAAAAAUGACAGUAAAUCAAAGAACAGAAACUCUGAGCUCUGGUGUUAAAGGGUUAAACAAUGCAAACAGUUCAACCUAAAGUUGAAGAAAGCAAAUGUGAUUUAUUUCAUUUCCUUUCAGAUUCUAAAAUAUAAACUUGAAGUUUUCUAAUGAUCUGAGCAAAGAAGAGAAUAUUUAACAACUCUGGCAGACGAAAGCCUGCAUUAUUGUGUUCGUUUGGAGUGGAAGGUUCACAUAACUACCUUAUUUUCUCAAGUCAUUGCUUGUGUUUAAAAUGCACUACUAUAAAAAGCCUGACCACUUUAAAACAUGGAACUGGUUUUAGAUUCAGACCUCUUAGAAAGGAAGAGACAAAGAACCGCCUCGUCACACUGCGAGUCCCUCGACUAAACUAUCAUCACUAACAAGCAGGACUUGCUGUACAUACUUUACCACCUUUAUAUAAAAACACUUCACUUCAUAUUUUCUUGUCAUACACAUGGUGUUUCUGUAGUUUGUGUAUCCAGGGCAUCGAUUGUAUAUUGAGAACUGGACUGAGUGACUCCUCCCCCUGGUAUUCCUAAACAGGAAGUACCUUCUGGCUCCAAGAUGCCAAAAUCCCAUAGACUACAAUAGAGAAAUAAACAGCUGUUUCUGUCAUUCUAUCCGUCAGACGAAUCAUUUUUGCUCUGUUACAUUUUAAUACCUUCUUGAUCAUUUUUUUCAUGAUGCUUUUUCUGUCCAAGAUAUCCAAGUUAUAAACUGACCAGUGCCUCAGUAAAGCCCCAUGGUGCUUGCUGGCCCCCCCUCGAACGUUUGAUUAACAGGUUGUGGACUUCCAAGAAUCUCACUCGUGACUGAUAACAGUAGUUGCCAUAGAAACGUUGACUCAGGCCAACUUGGACCAAUCACUGUCGUCUGGCUCCAAAUGACGGUGUCUGUAUUGUGUAAAAAUGGCGACUGAAUUGGCUUCAUUUUGCUGGAGCCGGAGGUGAGGCUUUCUCUAUGGGAGACGUGACACAUGGCUCUUUCCAGUUCUCUGUAUACAGUCAUCGGUCCUGGGUUUUGUGUGGCUGUAGCAGCCUCUUCCUGCUGUUACAGUUGAAAGCUUUUUAGACGGGAGUUCUAAAUGUAGGUUUGUGUUGUUUUGAGUCUGAUCCAGCGGUGCCUCUCACACUGUACAAGUUGUGAAUUUUGUACAUGUCUGUAAAAAGCUGAAGAACCAUGUAGCCCCAAUAAAAAACUCUUUUAAAAAGUUCAAGUUUAUUGCAGCUUUAUUCACAAUAAAUGCACAUAUGAAGCAAAAGAACAAAAA